UCGUGCACGCGUAUCUUCGCGUAUCGGGCUCAGGGUCGCGGCCUCGCCGGACAGCUUCGCGUCUUCCUCGGCUCCACCAGACGCUUCUUCUUUUUCUUUAUCGUGUUGUCGUUGCCACGUCGUCGCUCCUCGUCGCUCCUCUCGGCGAUACGCGUUCGCGCCCGUGCCAGCCCCAGGUCAUAAUGUCAGCGACGUAGCGCACUGUAAGCGACGAUGACGGUGUGUACUUGCACGUCCGUGCGGACCGGACGAGCGAGAAUGACAGCUCGAUGACAGCCGCGCGCCGAGAGUCGCGACGUGCGUUCGGCUAACAUCAGAGAGAAACCUGAGAGUGGCCACCGCGAUUCAGUGGACGCGUGUACUAAUGCGCUCCCUGAGAAAGUAGACGUGAACUAAGUCGUGAUGCUCGGUAAAAAGCACGGUAAAUGGUUCGAUUCCGUGACAUUCAUAUAUGAAUGCGGGUCUUAACAUCGGCAGGAAAUUGAAGAUAUUUAUUUUCUUCUCUAAUAGCAGGAAGCACUUUACGGGGCAAAAUUAUCUUGAGUCUCAAUUGACGAUUGCUCGUUGAUUGUGGAUUUUAUUUACUCGAUCCGUCAGCGAAUUUUGAUUGAAGAAAAAUGGUUUACGGUAAAGAACAUAAGAAGGUUUUGCAAAGUAUUAUGCAUGAAGGUGCAAUGGAUGAAAAUCGUGGAAAGGAAUUGAUUUCCAAAUUAUUUGGCCACACCAACACAGUGCAAGUAUUGGGCGAAAUAAAUGCGAAAUUAGUGCCGUUGCACAUGAUUAUAAAGCAUAUAAAUUGCGAAGUUACCGGUCAGUUGUAUUGGGUUUGGACAAGUACGAUGCAAGACAAAGUUGCCAGCUUUCAUCCUGAAUUCUCACAAGCUGAAUUAGCUCUGCUGCGUAAUAUAUUUUCUGAAAUUGUCACUUCAAACAAUGGUCACGCAUCAAGUACAUGGUGCCUAAACUUGUGUUCGUCAUUAAAUCAAAAACUAACCAAAGCUAAUGCCCAAGAAUUUCUGCACGAGAUGGUUAAUAGAAAAUGGUUAUUUUGCAAGGAUGGUAAAUACUACAUGGGAGUAAGAAGCAUAGUUGAAUUACUACAAUAUUUCAAAGACACGUAUCAAGAAAACCUUCAAACUUGUAUUUUGUGCAAACAAAUACUUUUUUAUGCAAAAAAGUGCGACCAAUGUCACACUAUGACACAUGUUUAUUGUUUGAAGAAUUAUGCAAUGACUCGCGGCAAUUCGGAAUGUCCUAAUUGUCAUUAUUCUCUAUCGCAACAUGAUCAUUCCAGUAAUGAUAUCAAUUCUGCAAUGGAUAUUGAUAAGUCAGAUAGUGAAAUAGAUGAAGUGACAGAGCCUAGUCACAAAAGAUCAAAGAGAAGACAUUAAUAUAUAAAACAUUAUUUAAUUCAUUACAAUAAAUGUUUUAUAUU